CUGAUUCCCUGGCUUAGGCUCAAGACGUAUGCCAACUUUCCAGAAGCACCUCAGGAGGAGGCUUCUCUCAGCAAUAGGCUCAAGACGUAUGCCAACUUUCCAGAAGCACCUCAGGAGGAGGCUUCUCUCAGCAAUAGGCUCAAGACGUAUGCCAACUUUCCAGAAGCACCUCAGGAGGAGGCUUCUCUCAGCAAUAGGCUCAAGACGUAUGCCAACUUUCCAGAAGCACCUCAGGAGGAGGCUUCUCUCAGCAAUAGGCUCAAGACGUAUGCCAACUUUCCAGAAGCACCUCAGGAGGAGGCUUCUCUCAGCAAUAGGCUCAAGACGUAUGCCAACUUUCCAGAAGCACCUCAGGAGGAGGCUUCUCUCAGCAAUAGGCUCAAGACGUAUGCCAACUUUCCAGAAGCACCUCAGGAGGAGGCUUCUCUCAGCAAUAGGCUCAAGACGUAUGCCAACUUUCCAGAAGCACCUCAGGAGGAGGCUUCUCUCAGCAAUAGGCUCAAGACGUAUGCCAACUUUCCAGAAGCACCUCAGGAGGAGGCUUCUCUCAGCAAUAGGCUCAAGACGUAUGCCAACUUUCCAGAAGCACCUCAGGAGGAGGCUUCUCUCAGCAAUAGGCUCAAGACGUAUGCCAACUUUCCAGAAGCACCUCAGGAGGAGGCUUCUCUCAGCAAUAGGCUCAAGACGUAUGCCAACUUUCCAGAAGCACCUCAGGAGGAGGCUUCUCUCAGCAAUAGGCUCAAGACGUAUGCCAACUUUCCAGAAGCACCUCAGGAGGAGGCUUCUCUCAGCAAUAGGCUCAAGACGUAUGCCAACUUUCCAGAAGCACCUCAGGAGGAGGCUUCUCUCAGCAAUAGGCUCAAGACGUAUGCCAACUUUCCAGAAGCACCUCAGGAGGAGGCUUCUCUCAGCAAUAGGCUCAAGACGUAUGCCAACUUUCCAGAAGCACCUCAGGAGGAGGCUUCUCUCAGCAAUAGGCUCAAGACGUAUGCCAACUUUCCAGAAGCACCUCAGGAGGAGGCUUCUCUCAGCAAUAGGCUCAAGACGUAUGCCAACUUUCCAGAAGCACCUCAGGAGGAGGCUUCUCUCAGCAAUAGGCUCAAGACGUAUGCCAACUUUCCAGAAGCACCUCAGGAGGAGGCUUCUCUCAGCAAUAGGCUCAAGACGUAUGCCAACUUUCCAGAAGCACCUCAGGAGGAGGCUUCUCUCAGCAAUAGGCUCAAGACGUAUGCCAACUUUCCAGAAGCACCUCAGGAGGAGGCUUCUCUCAGCAAUAGGCUCAAGACGUAUGCCAACUUUCCAGAAGCACCUCAGGAGGAGGCUUCUCUCAGCAAUAGGCUCAAGACGUAUGCCAACUUUCCAGAAGCACCUCAGGAGGAGGCUUCUCUCAGCAAUAGGCUCAAGACGUAUGCCAACUUUCCAGAAGCACCUCAGGAGGAGGCUUCUCUCAGCAAUAGGCUCAAGACGUAUGCCAACUUUCCAGAAGCACCUCAGGAGGAGGCUUCUCUCAGCAAUAGGCUCAAGACGUAUGCCAACUUUCCAGAAGCACCUCAGGAGGAGGCUUCUCUCAGCAAUAGGCUCAAGACGUAUGCCAACUUUCCAGAAGCACCUCAGGAGGAGGCUUCUCUCAGCAAUAGGCUCAAGACGUAUGCCAACUUUCCAGAAGCACCUCAGGAGGAGGCUUCUCUCAGCAAUAGGCUCAAGACGUAUGCCAACUUUCCAGAAGCACCUCAGGAGGAGGCUUCUCUCAGCAAUAGGCUCAAGACGUAUGCCAACUUUCCAGAAGCACCUCAGGAGGAGGCUUCUCUCAGCAAUAGGCUCAAGACGUAUGCCAACUUUCCAGAAGCACCUCAGGAGGAGGCUUCUCUCAGCAAUAGGCUCAAGACGUAUGCCAACUUUCCAGAAGCACCUCAGGAGGAGGCUUCUCUCAGCAAUAGGCUCAAGACGUAUGCCAACUUUCCAGAAGCACCUCAGGAGGAGGCUUCUCUCAGCAAUAGGCUCAAGACGUAUGCCAACUUUCCAGAAGCACCUCAGGAGGAGGCUUCUCUCAGCAAUAGGCUCAAGACGUAUGCCAACUUUCCAGAAGCACCUCAGGAGGAGGCUUCUCUCAGCAAUAGGCUCAAGACGUAUGCCAACUUUCCAGAAGCACCUCAGGAGGAGGCUUCUCUCAGCAAUAGGCUCGAGACGUAUGCCAACUUUCCAGAAGCACCUCAGGAGGAGGCUUCUCUCAGCAAUAGGCUCAAGACGUAUGCCAACUUUCCAGAAGCACCUCAGGAGGAGGCUUCUCUCAUCAAUAGGCUCGAGACGUAUGCCAACUUUCCAGAAGCACCUCAGGAGGAGGCUUCUCUCAGCAAUAGGCUCAAGACGUAUGCCAACUUUCCAGAAGCACCUCAGGAGGAGGCUUCUCUCAUCAAUAGGCUCAAGACGUAUGCCAACUUUCCAGAAGCACCUCAGGAGGAGGCUUCUCUCAGCAAUAGGCUCGAGACGUAUGCCAACUUUCCAGAAGCACCUCAGGAGGAGGCUUCUCUCAGCAAUAGGCUCAAGACGUAUGCCAACUUUCCAGAAGCACCUCAGGAGGAGGCUUCUCUCAGCAAUAGGCUCAAGACGUAUGCCAACUUUCCAGAAGCACCUCAGGAGGAGGCUUCUCUCAGCAAUAGGCUCGAGACAUAUGCCAACUUUCCAGAAGCACCUCAGGAGGAGGCUUCUCUCAGCAAUAGGCUCAAGACGUAUGCCAACUUUCCAGAAGCACCUCAGGAGGAGGCUUCUCUCAGCAAUAGGCUCGAGACGUAUGCCAACUUUCCAGAAGCACCUCAGGAGGAGGCUUCUCUCAGCAAUAGGCUCAAGACGUAUGCCAACUUUCCAGAAGCACCUCAGGAGGAGGCUUCUCUCAGCAAUAGGCUCGAGACGUAUGCCAACUUUCCAGAAGCACCUCAGGAGGAGGCUUCUCUCAGCAAUAGGCUCGAGACGUAUGCCAACUUUCCAGAAGCACCUCAGGAGGAGGCUUCUCUCAGCAAUAGGCUCAAGACGUAUGCCAACUUUCCAGAAGCACCUCAGGAGGAGGCUUCUCUCAGCAAUAGGCUCGAGACGUAUGCCAACUUUCCAGAAGCACCUCAGGAGGAGGCUUCUCUCAGCAAUAGGCUCAAGACGUAUGCCAACUUUCCAGAAGCACCUCAGGAGGAGGCUUCUCUCAGCAAUAGGCUCAAGACGUAUGCCAACUUUCCAGAAGCACCUCAGGAGGAGGCUUCUCUCAGCAAUAGGCUCGAGACGUAUGCCAACUUUCCAGAAGCACCUCAGGAGGAGGCUUCUCUCAGCAAUAGGCUCAAGACGUAUGCCAACUUUCCAGAAGCACCUCAGGAGGAGGCUUCUCUCAGCAAUAGGCUCAAGACGUAUGCCAACUUUCCAGAAGCACCUCAGGAGGAGGCUUCUCUCAGCAAUAGGCUCAAGACGUAUGCCAACUUUCCAGAAGCACCUCAGGAGGAGGCUUCUCUCAGCAAUAGGCUCAAGACGUAUGCCAACUUUCCAGAAGCACCUCAGGAGGAGGCUUCUCUCAGCAAUAGGCUCAAGACGUAUGCCAACUUUCCAGAAGCACCUCAGGAGGAGGCUUCUCUCAGCAAUAGGCUCAAGACGUAUGCCAACUUUCCAGAAGCACCUCAGGAGGAGGCUUCUCUCAGCAAUAGGCUCAAGACGUAUGCCAACUUUCCAGAAGCACCUCAGGAGGAGGCUUCUCUCAGCAAUAGGCUCAAGACGUAUGCCAACUUUCCAGAAGCACCUCAGGAGGAGGCUUCUCUCAGCAAUAGGCUCAAGACGUAUGCCAACUUUCCAGAAGCACCUCAGGAGGAGGCUUCUCUCAGCAAUAGGCUCAAGACGUAUGCCAACUUUCCAGAAGCACCUCAGGAGGAGGCUUCUCUCAGCAAUAGGCUCAAGACGUAUGCCAACUUUCCAGAAGCACCUCAGGAGGAGGCUUCUCUCAGCAAUAGGCUCAAGACGUAUGCCAACUUUCCAGAAGCACCUCAGGAGGAGGCUUCUCUCAGCAAUAGGCUCAAGACGUAUGCCAACUUUCCAGAAGCACCUCAGGAGGAGGCUUCUCUCAGCAAUAGGCUCAAGACGUAUGCCAACUUUCCAGAAGCACCUCAGGAGGAGGCUUCUCUCAGCAAUAGGCUCAAGACGUAUGCCAACUUUCCAGAAGCACCUCAGGAGGAGGCUUCUCUCAGCAAUAGGCUCAAGACGUAUGCCAACUUUCCAGAAGCACCUCAGGAGGAGGCUUCUCUCAGCAAUAGGCUCAAGACGUAUGCCAACUUUCCAGAAGCACCUCAGGAGGAGGCUUCUCUCAGCAAUAGGCUCAAGACGUAUGCCAACUUUCCAGAAGCACCUCAGGAGGAGGCUUCUCUCAGCAAUAGGCUCAAGACGUAUGCCAACUUUCCAGAAGCACCUCAGGAGGAGGCUUCUCUCAGCAAUAGGCUCAAGACGUAUGCCAACUUUCCAGAAGCACCUCAGGAGGAGGCUUCUCUCAGCAAUAGGCUCAAGACGUAUGCCAACUUUCCAGAAGCACCUCAGGAGGAGGCUUCUCUCAGCAAUAGGCUCAAGACGUAUGCCAACUUUCCAGAAGCACCUCAGGAGGAGGCUUCUCUCAGCAAUAGGCUCAAGACGUAUGCCAACUUUCCAGAAGCACCUCAGGAGGAGGCUUCUCUCAGCAAUAGGCUCAAGACGUAUGCCAACUUUCCAGAAGCACCUCAGGAGGAGGCUUCUCUCAGCAAUAGGCUCAAGACGUAUGCCAACUUUCCAGAAGCACCUCAGGAGGAGGCUUCUCUCAGCAAUAGGCUCAAGACGUAUGCCAACUUUCCAGAAGCACCUCAGGAGGAGGCUUCUCUCAGCAAUAGGCUCAAGACGUAUGCCAACUUUCCAGAAGCACCUCAGGAGGAGGCUUCUCUCAGCAAUAGGCUCAAGACGUAUGCCAACUUUCCAGAAGCACCUCAGGAGGAGGCUUCUCUCAGCAAUAGGCUCAAGACGUAUGCCAACUUUCCAGAAGCACCUCAGGAGGAGGCUUCUCUCAGCAAUAGGCUCAAGACGUAUGCCAACUUUCCAGAAGCACCUCAGGAGGAGGCUUCUCUCAGCAAUAGGCUCAAGACGUAUGCCAACUUUCCAGAAGCACCUCAGGAGGAGGCUUCUCUCAGCAAUAGGCUCAAGACGUAUGCCAACUUUCCAGAAGCACCUCAGGAGGAGGCUUCUCUCAGCAAUAGGCUCAAGACGUAUGCCAACUUUCCAGAAGCACCUCAGGAGGAGGCUUCUCUCAGCAAUAGGCUCAAGACGUAUGCCAACUUUCCAGAAGCACCUCAGGAGGAGGCUUCUCUCAGCAAUAGGCUCAAGACGUAUGCCAACUUUCCAGAAGCACCUCAGGAGGAGGCUUCUCUCAGCAAUAGGCUCAAGACGUAUGCCAACUUUCCAGAAGCACCUCAGGAGGAGGCUUCUCUCAGCAAUAGGCUCAAGACGUAUGCCAACUUUCCAGAAGCACCUCAGGAGGAGGCUUCUCUCAGCAAUAGGCUCAAGACGUAUGCCAACUUUCCAGAAGCACCUCAGGAGGAGGCUUCUCUCAGCAAUAGGCUCAAGACGUAUGCCAACUUUCCAGAAGCACCUCAGGAGGAGGCUUCUCUCAGCAAUAGGCUCAAGACGUAUGCCAACUUUCCAGAAGCACCUCAGGAGGAGGCUUCUCUCAGCAAUAGGCUCAAGACGUAUGCCAACUUUCCAGAAGCACCUCAGGAGGAGGCUUCUCUCAGCAAUAGGCUCAAGACGUAUGCCAACUUUCCAGAAGCACCUCAGGAGGAGGCUUCUCUCAGCAAUAGGCUCAAGACGUAUGCCAACUUUCCAGAAGCACCUCAGGAGGAGGCUUCUCUCAGCAAUAGGCUCAAGACGUAUGCCAACUUUCCAGAAGCACCUCAGGAGGAGGCUUCUCUCAGCAAUAGGCUCAAGACGUAUGCCAACUUUCCAGAAGCACCUCAGGAGGAGGCUUCUCUCAGCAAUAGGCUCAAGACGUAUGCCAACUUUCCAGAAGCACCUCAGGAGGAGGCUUCUCUCAGCAAUAGGCUCAAGACGUAUGCCAACUUUCCAGAAGCACCUCAGGAGGAGGCUUCUCUCAGCAAUAGGCUCAAGACGUAUGCCAACUUUCCAGAAGCACCUCAGGAGGAGGCUUCUCUCAGCAAUAGGCUCAAGACGUAUGCCAACUUUCCAGAAGCACCUCAGGAGGAGGCUUCUCUCAGCAAUAGGCUCAAGACGUAUGCCAACUUUCCAGAAGCACCUCAGGAGGAGGCUUCUCUCAGCAAUAGGCUCAAGACGUAUGCCAACUUUCCAGAAGCACCUCAGGAGGAGGCUUCUCUCAGCAAUAGGCUCGAGACGUAUGCCAACUUUCCAGAAGCACCUCAGGAGGAGGCUUCUCUCAGCAAUAGGCUCAAGACGUAUGCCAACUUUCCAGAAGCACCUCAGGAGGAGGCUUCUCUCAGCAAUAGGCUCAAGACGUAUGCCAACUUUCCAGAAGCACCUCAGGAGGAGGCUUCUCUCAGCAAUAGGCUCAAGACGUAUGCCAACUUUCCAGAAGCACCUCAGGGGGAGGCUUCUCUCAGCAAUAGGCUCAAGACGUAUGCCAACUUUCCAGAAGCACCUCAGGAGGAGGCUUCUCUCAGCAAUAGGCUCAAGACGUAUGCCAACUUUCCAGAAGCACCUCAGGAGGAGGCUUCUCUCAGCAAUAGGCUCAAGACGUAUGCCAACUUUCCAGAAGCACCUCAGGGGGAGGCUUCUCUCAGCAAUAGGCUCAAGACGUAUGCCAACUUUCCAGAAGCACCUCAGGAGGAGGCUUCUCUCAGCAAUAGGCUCAAGACGUAUGCCAACUUUCCAGAAGCACCUCAGGGGGAGGCUUCUCUCAGCAAUAGGCUCAAGACGUAUGCCAACUUUCCAGAAGCACCUCAGGAGGAGGCUUCUCUCAGCAAUAGGCUCAAGACGUAUGCCAACUUUCCAGAAGCACCUCAGGAGGAGGCUUCUCUCAGCAAUAGGCUCAAGACGUAUGCCAACUUUCCAGAAGCACCUCAGGGGGAGGCUUCUCUCAGCAAUAGGCUCAAGACGUAUGCCAACUUUCCAGAAGCACCUCAGGAGGAGGCUUCUCUCAGCAAUAGGCUCAAGACGUAUGCCAACUUUCCAGAAGCACCUCAGGGGGAGGCUUCUCUCAGCAAUAGGCUCAAGACGUAUGCCAACUUUCCAGAAGCACCUCAGGAGGAGGCUUCUCUCAGCAAUAGGCUCAAGACGUAUGCCAACUUUCCAGAAGCACCUCAGGGGGAGGCUUCUCUCAGCAAUAGGCUCAAGACGUAUGCCAACUUUCCAGAAGCACCUCAGGAGGAGGCUUCUCUCAGCAAUAGGCUCAAGACGUAUGCCAACUUUCCAGAAGCACCUCAGGGGGAGGCUUCUCUCAGCAAUAGGCUCAAGACGUAUGCCAGCUUUCCAGAAGCACCUCAGGAGGAGGCUUCUCUCAGCAAUAGGCUCAAGACGUAUGCCAACUUUCCAGAAGCACCUCAGGGGGAGGCUUCUCUCAGCAAUAGGCUCAAGACGUAUGCCAACUUUCCAGAAGCACCUCAGGAGGAGGCUUCUCUCAGCAAUAGGCUCAAGACGUAUGCCAACUUUCCAGAAGCACCUCAGGGGGAGGCUUCUCUCAGCAAUAGGCUCAAGACGUAUGCCAACUUUCCAGAAGCACCUCAGGAGGAGGCUUCUCUCAGCAAUAGGCUCAAGACGUAUGCCAACUUUCCAGAAGCACCUCAGGGGGAGGCUUCUCUCAGCAAUAGGCUCAAGACGUAUGCCAGCUUUCCAGAAGCACCUCAGGAGGAGGCUUCUCUCAGCAAUAGGCUCAAGACGUAUGCCAACUUUCCAGAAGCACCUCAGGGGGAGGCUUCUCUCAGCAAUAGGCUCAAGACGUAUGCCAACUUUCCAGAAGCACCUCAGGAGGAGGCUUCUCUCAGCAAUAGGCUCAAGACGUAUGCCAACUUUCCAGAAGCACCUCAGGGGGAGGCUUCUCUCAGCAAUAGGCUCAAGACGUAUGCCAACUUUCCAGAAGCACAUCAGGAGGAGGCUUCUCUCAGCAAUAGGCUUGAGACGUAUGCCAACUUUCCAGAAGCACCUCAGGAGGAGGCUUCUCUCAGCAAUAGGCUCAAGACGUAUGCCAACUUUCCAGAAGCACCUCAGGAGGAGGCUUCUCUCAGCAAUAGGCUCAAGACGUAUGCCAACUUUCCAGAAGCACCUCAGGAGGAGGCUUCUCUCAGCAAUAGGCUCAAGACGUAUGCCAACUUUCCAGAAGCACCUCAGGAGGAGGCUUCUCUCAGCAAUAGGCUUGAGACGUAUGCCAACUUUCCAGAAGCACCUCAGGAGGAGGCUUCUCUCAGCAAUAGGCUCAAGACGUAUGCCAACUUUCCAGAAGCACAUCAGGAGGAGGCUUCUCUCAGCAAUAGGCUCAAGACGUAUGCCAACUUUCCAGAAGCACCUCAGGAGGAGGCUUCUCUCAGCAAUAGGCUCAAGACGUAUGCCAACUUUCCAGAAGCACCUCAGGAGGAGGCUUCUCUCAGCAAUAGGCUCAAGACGUAUGCCAACUUUCCAGAAGCACCUCAGGAGGAGGCUUCUCUCAGCAAUAGGCUCAAGACGUAUGCCAACUUUCCAGAAGCACCUCAGGAGGAGGCUUCUCUCAGCAAUAGGCUCAAGACGUAUGCCAACUUUCCAGAAGCACCUCAGGAGGAGGCUUCUCUCAGCAAUAGGCUCAAGACGUAUGCCAACUUUCCAGAAGCACCUCAGGAGGAGGCUUCUCUCAGCAAUAGGCUCAAGACGUAUGCCAACUUUCCAGAAGCACCUCAGGAGGAGGCUUCUCUCAGCAAUAGGCUCAAGACGUAUGCCAACUUUCCAGAAGCACCUCAGGAGGAGGCUUCUCUCAGCAAUAGGCUCAAGACGUAUGCCAACUUUCCAGAAGCACCUCAGGAGGAGGCUUCUCUCAGCAAUAGGCUCGAGACGUAUGCCAACUUUCCAGAAGCACCUCAGGAGGAGGCUUCUCUCAGCAAUAGGCUCGAGACGUAUGCCAACUUUCCAGAAGCACCUCAGGAGGAGGCUUCUCUCAGCAAUAGGCUCAAGACGUAUGCCAACUUUCCAGAAGCACCUCAGGAGGAGGCUUCUCUCAGCAAUAGGCUCAAGACGUAUGCCAACUUUCCAGAAGCACCUCAGGAGGAGGCUUCUCUCAGCAAUAGGCUCAAGACGUAUGCCAACUUUCCAGAAGCACCUCAGGAGGAGGCUUCUCUCAGCAAUAGGCAUCUCCAGAGAUGCCCCGAGAACACUGUCCCAAGUCUAGAGGAACACCAACUUCAGCACAGCAACUCGAGGAAUGGUCCGUGUACCCCAAAUCGUCUCGAGAUGAAAGCUGAUUCCCUGGAUAGGCUCAAGACGUAUGCCAACUUUCCAGAAGCACCUCAGGAGGAGGCUUCUCUCAGCAAUAGGCUCAAGACGUAUGCCAACUUUCCAGAAGCACCUCAGGAGGAGGCUUCUCUCAGCAAUAGGCUCAAGACGUAUGCCAACUUUCCAGAAGCACCUCAGGAGGAGGCUUCUCUCAGCAAUAGGCUCAAGACGUAUGCCAACUUUCCAGAAGCACCUCAGGAGGAGGCUUCUCUCAGCAAUAGGCUCAAGACGUAUGCCAACUUUCCAGAAGCACCUCAGGAGGAGGCUUCUCUCAGCAAUAGUCUCAAGACGUAUGCCAACUUUCCAGAAGCACCUCAGGAGGAGGCUUCUCUCAGCAAUAGGCUCAAGACGUAUGCCAACUUUCCAGAAGCACCUCAGGAGGAGGCUUCUCUCAGCAAUAGGCUCAAGACGUAUGCCAACUUUCCAGAAGCACCUCAGGAGGAGGCUUCUCUCAGCAAUAGGCUCAAGACGUAUGCCAACUUUCCAGAAGCACCUCAGGAGGAGGCUUCUCUCAGCAAUAGGCUCAAGACGUAUGCCAACUUUCCAGAAGCACCUCAGGAGGAGGCUUCUCUCAGCAAUAGGCUCAAGGCGUAUGCCAACUUUCCAGAAGCACCUCAGGAGGAGGCUUCUCUCAGCAAUAGGCUCAAGGCGUAUGCCAACUUUCCAGAAGCACCUCAGGAGGAGGCUUCUCUCAGCAAUAGGCUCAAGACGUAUGCCAACUUUCCAGAAGCACCUCAGGAGGAGGCUUCUCUCAGCAAUAGGCUCAAGACGUAUGCCAACUUUCCAGAAGCACCUCAGGAGGAGGCUUCUCUCAGCAAUAGUCUCAAGACGUAUGCCAACUUUCCAGAAGCACCUCAGGAGGAGGCUUCUCUCAGCAAUAGGCUCAAGACGUAUGCCAACUUUCCAGAAGCACCUCAGGAGGAGGCUUCUCUCAGCAAUAGGCUCAAGGCGUAUGCCAACUUUCCAGAAGCACCUCAGGAGGAGGCUUCUCUCAGCAAUAGUCUCAAGACGUAUGCCAACUUUCCAGAAGCACCUCAGGAGGAGGCUUCUCUCAGCAAUAGGCUCAAGACGUAUGCCAACUUUCCAGAAGCACCUCAGGAGGAGGCUUCUCUCAGCAAUAGGCUCAAGGCGUAUGCCAACUUUCCAGAAGCACCUCAGGAGGAGGCUUCUCUCAGCAAUAGGCUCAAGACGUAUGCCAACUUUCCAGAAGCACCUCAGGAGGAGGCUUCUCUCAGCAAUAGGCUCAAGACGUAUGCCAACUUUCCAGAAGCACCUCAGGAGGAGGCUUCUCUCAGCAAUAGGCUCAAGACGUAUGCCAACUUUCCAGAAGCACCUCAGGAGGAGGCUUCUCUCAGCAAUAGGCUCAAGGCGUAUGCCAACUUUCCAGAAGCACCUCAGGAGGAGGCUUCUCUCAGCAAUAGGCUCAAGACGUAUGCCAACUUUCCAGAAGCACCUCAGGAGGAGGCUUCUCUCAGCAAUAGGCUCAAGGCGUAUGCCAACUUUCCAGAAGCACCUCAGGAGGAGGCUUCUCUCAGCAAUAGGCUCAAGACGUAUGCCAACUUUCCAGAAGCACCUCAGGAGGAGGCUUCUCUCAGCAAUAGGCUCAAGGCGUAUGCCAACUUUCCAGAAGCACCUCAGGAGGAGGCUUCUCUCAGCAAUAGGCUCAAGACGUAUGCCAACUUUCCAGAAGCACCUCAGGAGGAGGCUUCUCUCAGCAAUAGGCUCAAGGCGUAUGCCAACUUUCCAGAAGCACCUCAGGAGGAGGCUUCUCUCAGCAAUAGGCUCAAGACGUAUGCCAACUUUCCAGAAGCACCUCAGGAGGAGGCUUCUCUCAGCAAUAGGCUCAAGGCGUAUGCCAACUUUCCAGAAGCACCUCAGGAGGAGGCUUCUCUCAGCAAUAGGCUCAAGACGUAUGCCAACUUUCCAGAAGCACCUCAGGAGGAGGCUUCUCUCAGCAAUAGGCUCAAGACGUAUGCCAACUUUCCAGAAGCACCUCAGGAGGAGGCUUCUCUCAGCAAUAGGCUCAAGACGUAUGCCAACUUUCCAGAAGCACCUCAGGAGGAGGCUUCUCUCAGCAAUAGGCUCAAGGCGUAUGCCAACUUUCCAGAAGCACCUCAGGAGGAGGCUUCUCUCAGCAAUAGGCUCAAGACGUAUGCCAACUUUCCAGAAGCACCUCAGGAGGAGGCUUCUCUCAGCAAUAGGCUCAAGACGUAUGCCAACUUUCCAGAAGCACCUCAGGAGGAGGCUUCUCUCAGCAAUAGUCUCAAGACGUAUGCCAACUUUCCAGAAGCAUCUCAGGAGGAGGCUUCUCUCAGCAAUAGUCUCAAGACGUAUGCCAACUUUCCAGAAGCACCUCAGGAGGAGGCUUCUCUCAGCAAUAGGCUCAAGACGUAUGCCAACUUUCCAGAAGCACCUCAGGAGGAGGCUUCUCUCAGCAAUAGUCUCAAGACGUAUGCCAACUUUCCAGAAGCAUCUCAGGAGGAGGCUUCUCUCAGCAAUAGGCUCAAGACGUAUGCCAACUUUCCAGAAGCACCUCAGGAGGAGGCUUCUCUCAGCAAUAGGCUCAAGACGUAUGCCAACUUUCCAGAAGCACCUCAGGAGGAGGCUUCUCUCAGCAAUAGGCUCAAGACGUAUGCCAACUUUCCAGAAGCACCUCAGGAGGAGGCUUCUCUCAGCAAUAGGCUCAAGACGUAUGCCAACUUUCCAGAAGCACCUCAGGAGGAGGCUUCUCUCAGCAAUAGGCUCAAGACGUAUGCCAACUUUCCAGAAGCACCUCAGGAGGAGGCUUCUCUCAGCAAUAGGCUCAAGACGUAUGCCAACUUUCCAGAAGCACCUCAGGAGGAGGCUUCUCUCAGCAAUAGGCUCAAGACGUAUGCCAACUUUCCAGAAGCACCUCAGGAGGAGGCUUCUCUCAGCAAUAGGCUCAAGACGUAUGCCAACUUUCCAGAAGCACCUCAGGAGGAGGCUUCUCUCAGCAAUAGGCAUCUCCAGAGAUGCCCCGAGAACACUGUCCCAAGUCUAGAGGAACACCAACUUCAGCACAGCAACUCGAGGAAUGCUCCGUGUACCACAAAUCGUCUCGAGAUGAGAGCUGAUUCCCUGGAUAGGCUCAAGACGUAUGCCAACUUUCCAGAAGCACCUCAGGAGGAGGCUUCUCUCAGCAAUAGGCUCAAGACGUAUGCCAACUUUCCAGAAGCACCUCAGGAGGAGGCUUCUCUCAGCAAUAGGCUCAAGACGUAUGCCAACUUUCCAGAAGCACCUCAGGAGGAGGCUUCUCUCAGCAAUAGGCUCAAGACGUAUGCCAACUUUCCAGAAGCACCUCAGGAGGAGGCUUCUCUCAGCAAUAGGCUCAAGGCGUAUGCCAACUUUCCAGAAGCACCUCAGGAGGAGGCUUCUCUCAGCAAUAGGCUCAAGACGUAUGCCAAAUUCCCAGAAGCACCUCCGGAGGAGGCUUCUCUCAGCAAUAGGCUCAAGACGUAUGCCAACUUCCCAGAAGCACCUCAGGAGGAGGCUUCUCUCAGCAAUAGGCUCAAGACGUAUGCCAACUUCCCAGAAGCACCUCAGGAGGAGGCUUCUCUCAGCAAUAGGCUCAAGACGUAUGCCAAAUUCCCAGAAGCACCUCAGGAGGAGGCUUCUCUCAGCAAUAGGCUCAAGACGUAUGCCAACUUCCCAGAAGCACCUCAGGAGGAGGCUUCUCUCAGCAAUAGGCUCAAGACGUAUGCCAACUUCCCAGAAGCACCUCAGGAGGAGGCUUCUCUCAGCAAUAGGCUCAAGACGUAUGCCAAAUUCCCAGAAGCACCUCAGGAGGAGGCUUCUCUCAGCAAUAGGCUCAAGACGUAUGCCAAAUUCCCAGAAGCACCUCCGGAGGAGGCUUCUCUCAGCAAUAGGCUCAAGACGUAUGCCAACUUCCCAGAAGCACCUCAGGAGGAGGCUUCUCUCAGCAAUAGGCUCAAGACGUAUGCCAAAUUCCCAGAAGCACCUCAGGAGGAGGCUUCUCUCAGCAAUAGGCUCAAGACGUAUGCCAAAUUCCCAGAAGCACCUCCGGAGGAGGCUUCUCUCAGCAAUAGGCUCAAGACGUAUGCCAACUUCCCAGAAGCACCUCAGGAGGAGGCUUCUCUCAGCAAUAGGCUCAAGACGUAUGCCAAAUUCCCAGAAGCACCUCCGGAGGAGGCUUCUCUCAGCAAUAGGCUCAAGACGUAUGCCAACUUCCCAGAAGCACCUCAGGAGGAGGCUUCUCUCAGCAAUAGGCUCAAGACGUAUGCCAAAUUCCCAGAAGCACCUCAGGAGGAGGCUUCUCUCAGCAAUAGGCUCAAGACGUAUGCCAAAUUCCCAGAAGCACCUCCGGAGGAGGCUUCUCUCAGCAAUAGGCUCAAGACGUAUGCCAACUUCCCAGAAGCACCUCAGGAGGAGGCUUCUCUCAGCAAUAGGCUCAAGACGUAUGCCAAAUUCCCAGAAGCACCUCCGGAGGAGGCUUCUCUCAGCAAUAGGCUCAAGACGUAUGCCAAAUUCCCAGAAGCACCUCCGGAGGAGGCUUCUCUCAGCAAUAGGCUCAAGACGUAUGCCAAAUUCCCAGAAGCACCUCCGGAGGAGGCUUCUCUCAGCAAUAGGCUCAAGACGUAUGCCAACUUCCCAGAAGCACCUCAGGAGGAGGCUUCUCUCAGCAAUAGGCUCAAGACGUAUGCCAACUUCCCAGAAGCACCUCAGGAGGAGGCUUCUCUCAGCAAUAGGCUCAAGACGUAUGCCAACUUCCCAGAAGCACCUCCGGAGGAGGCUUCUCUCAGCAAUAGGCUCAAGACGUAUGCCAACUUCCCAGAAGCACCUCAGGAGGAGGCUUCUCUCAGCAAUAGGCUCAAGACGUAUGCCAAAUUCCCAGAAGCACCUCCGGAGGAGGCUUCUCUCAGCAAUAGGCUCAAGACGUAUGCCAACUUCCCAGAAGCACCUCAGGAGGAGGCUUCUCUCAGCAAUAGGCUCAAGACGUAUGCCAACUUCCCAGAAGCACCUCAGGAGGAGGCUUCUCUCAGCAAUAGGCUCAAGACGUAUGCCAAAUUCCCAGAAGCACCUCAGGAGGAGGCUUCUCUCAGCAAUAGGCUCAAGACGUAUGCCAAAUUCCCAGAAGCACCUCCGGAGGAUGCUUCUCUCAGCAAUAGGCUCAAGACGUAUGCCAACUUCCCAGAAGCACCUCAGGAGGAGGCUUCUCUCAGCAAUAGGUUCAAGACGUAUGCCAAAUUCCCAGAAGCACCUCCGGAGGACGCUUCUCUCAGCAAUAGGCUCAAGACGUAUGCCAACUUCCCAGAAGCACCUCAGGAGGAGGCUUCUCUCAGCAAUAGGCUCAAGACGUAUGCCAAAUUCCCAGAAGCACCUCCGGAGGAGGCUUCUCUCAGCAAUAGGCUCAAGACGUAUGCCAAAUUCCCAGAAGCACCUCCGGAGGAGGCUUCUCUCAGCAAUAGGCUCAAGACCUAUGCCAAAUUCCCAGAAGCACCUCCGGAGGAGGCUUCUCUCAGCAAUAGGCUCAAGACGUAUGCCAAAUUCCCAGAAGCACCUCCGGAGGAGGCUUCUCUCAGCAAUAGGCUCAAGACGUAUGCCAAAUUCCCAGAAGCACCUCCGGAGGAGGCUUCUCUCAGCAAUAGGCUCAAGACGUAUGCCAAAUUCCCAGAAGCACCUCCGGAGGAGGCUUCUCUCAGCAAUAGGUUCAAGACGUAUGCCAACUUCCCAGAAGCACCUCCGGAGGACGCUUCUCUCAGCAAUAGGCUCAAGACGUAUGCCAACUUCCCAGAAGCACCUCAGGAGGAGGCUUCUCUCAGCAAUAGGCUCAAGACGUAUGCCAAAUUCCCAGAAGCACCUCCGGAGGAGGCUUCUCUCAGCAAUAGGUUCAAGACGUAUGCCAACUUCCCAGAAGCACCUCCGGAGGAGGCUUCUCUCAGCAAUAGGCUCAAGACGUAUGCCAACUUCCCAGAAGCACCUCAGGAGGAGGCUUCUCUCAGCAAUAGGCUCAAGACGUAUGCCAAAUUCCCAGAAGCACCUCCGGAGGAGGCUUCUCUCAGCAAUAGGCUCAAGACGUAUGCCAAAUUCCCAGAAGCACCUCCGGAGGAGGCUUCUCUCAGCAAUAGGCUCAAGACGUAUGCCAAAUUCCCAGAAGCACCUCCGGAGGAGGCUUCUCUCAGCAAUAGGCUCAAGACGUAUGCCAAAUUCCCAGAAGCACCUCCGGAGGAGGCUUCUCUCAGCAAUAGGCUCAAGACGUAUGCCAACUUCCCAGAAGCACCUCCGGAGGAGGCUUCUCUCAGCAAUAGGCUCAAGACGUAUGCCAACUUCCCAGAAGCACCUCAGGAGGAGGCUUCUCUCAGCAAUAGGCUCAAGACGUAUGCCAACUUCCCAGAAGCACCUCAGGAGGAGGCUUCUCUCAGCAAUAGGCUCAAGACGUAUGCCAACUUCCCAGAAGCACCUCAGGAGGAGGCUUCUCUCAGCAAUAGGCUCAAGACGUAUGCCAACUUCUCAGAAGCACCUCAGGAGGAGGCUUCUCUCAGCAAUAGGCUCAAGACGUAUGCCAACUUCCCAGAAGCACCUCAGGAGGAGGCUUCUCUCAGCAAUAGGCUCAAGACGUAUGCCAAAUUCCCAGAAGCACCUCCGGAGGAGGCUUCUCUCAGCAAUAGGCUCAAGACGUAUGCCAAAUUCCCAGAAGCACCUCCGGAGGAGGCUUCUCUCAGCAAUAGGCUCAAGACGUAUGCCAACUUCCCAGAAGCACCUCCGGAGGAGGCUUCUCUCAGCAAUAGGCUCAAGACGUAUGCCAACUUCCCAGAAGCACCUCAGGAGGAGGCUUCUCUCAGCAAUAGGCUCAAGACGUAUGCCAACUUCUCAGAAGCACCUCAGGAGGAGGCUUCUCUCAGCAAUAGGCUCAAGACGUAUGCCAACUUCCCAGAAGCACCUCAGGAGGAGGCUUCUCUCAGCAAUAGGCUCAAGACGUAUGCCAACUUCCCAGAAGCACCUCAGGAGGAGGCUUCUCUCAGCAAUAGGCUCAAGACGUAUGCCAACCUCCCAGAAGCACCUCAGGAGGAGGCUUCUCUCAGCAAUAGGCUCAAGACGUAUGCCAACUUCCCAGAAGCACCUCAGGAGGAGGCUUCUCUCAGCAAUAGGCUCAAGACGUAUGCCAACUUCCCAGAAGCACCUCAGGAGGAGGCUUCUCUCAGCAAUAGGCUCAAGACGUAUGCCAACUUCCCAGAAGCACCUCAGGAGGAGGCUUCUCUCAGCAAUAGGCUCAAGACGUAUGCCAACUUCUCAGAAGCACCUCAGGAGGAGGCUUCUCUCAGCAAUAGGCUCAAGACGUAUGCCAACUUCCCAGAAGCACCUCAGGAGGAGGCUUCUCUCAGCAAUAGGCUCAAGACGUAUGCCAACUUCCCAGAAGCACCUCAGGAGGAGGCUUCUCUCAGCAAUAGGCUCAAGACGUAUGCCAACCUCCCAGAAGCACCUCAGGAGGAGGCUUCUCUCAGCAAUAGGCUCAAGACGUAUGCCAACUUCCCAGAAGCACCUCAGGAGGAGGCUUCUCUCAGCAAUAGGCUCAAGACGUAUGCCAAAUUCCCAGAAGCACCUCAGGAGGAGGCUUCUCUCAGCAAUAGGCUCAAGACGUAUGCCAAAUUCCCAGAAGCAUCUCAGGAGGAGGCUUCUCUCAGCAAUAGGCUCAAGACGUAUGCCAACUUCCCAGAAGCACCUCAGGAGGAGGCUUCUCUCAGCAAUAGGCUCAAGACGUAUGCCAACUUCCCAGAAGCACCUCAGGAGGAGGCUUCUCUCAGCAAUAGGCUCAAGACGUAUGCCAAAUUCCCAGAAGCACCUCCGGAGGAGGCUUCUCUCAGCAAUAGGCUCAAGACGUAUGCCAACUUCCCAGAAGCACCUCAGGAGGAGGCUUCUCUCAGCAAUAGGCUCAAGACGUAUGCCAACUUCCCAGAAGCACCUCAGGAGGAGGCUUCUCUCAGCAAUAGGCUCAAGACGUAUGCCAACUUCCCAGAAGCACCUCAGGAGGAGGCUUCUCUCAGCAAUAGGCUCAAGACGUAUGCCAAAUUCCCAGAAGCACCUCCGGAGGAGGCUUCUCUCAGCAAUAGGCUCAAGACGUAUGCCAAAUUCCCAGAAGCACCUCCGGAGGAGGCUUCUCUCAGCAAUAGGCUCAAGACGUAUGCCAAAUUCCCAGAAGCACCUCAGGAGGAGGCUUCUCUCAGCAAUAGGCUCAAGACGUAUGCCAACUUCCCAGAAGCACCUCAGGAGGAGGCUUCUCUCAGCAAUAGGCUCAAGACGUAUGCCAACUUCCCAGAAGCACCUCAGGAGGAGGCUUCUCUCAGCAAUAGGCUCAAGACGUAUGCCAAAUUCCCAGAAGCACCUCCGGAGGAGGCUUCUCUCAGCAAUAGGCUCAAGACGUAUGCCAAAUUCCCAGAAGCACCUCAGGAGGAGGCUUCUCUCAGCAAUAGGCUCAAGACGUAUGCCAACUUCCCAGAAGCACCUCAGGAGGAGGCUUCUCUCAGCAAUAGGCUCAAGACGUAUGCCAACUUCCCAGAAGCACCUCAGGAGGAGGCUUCUCUCAGCAAUAGCCUCAAGACGUAUGCCAAAUUCCCAGAAGCACCUCCGGAGGAGGCUUCUCUCAGCAAUAGGCUCAAGACGUAUGCCAACUUCCCAGAAGCACCUCAGGAGGAGGCUUCUCUCAGCAAUAGGCUCAAGACGUAUGCCAACUUCCCAGAAGCACCUCCGGAGGAGGCUUCUCUCAGCAAUAGGCUCAAGACGUAUGCCAAAUUCCCAGAAGCACCUCCGGAGGAGGCUUCUCUCAGCAAUAGGCUCAAGACGUAUGCCAAAUUCCCAGAAGCACCUCCGGAGGAGGCUUCUCUCAGCAAUAGGCUCAAGACGUAUGCCAACUUCCCAGAAGCACCUCCGGAGGAGGCUUCUCUCAGCAAUAGGCUCAAGACGUAUGCCAACUUCCCAGAAGCACCUCCGGAGGAGGCUUCUCUCAGCAAUAGGCUCAAGACGUAUGCCAACUUCCCAGAAGCACCUCAGGAGGAGGCUUCUCUCAGCAAUAGGCUCAAGACGUAUGCCAAAUUCCCAGAAGCACCUCCGGAGGAGGCUUCUCUCAGCAAUAGGCUCAAGACGUAUGCCAACUUCCCAGAAGCACCUCCGGAGGAGGCUUCUCUCAGCAAUAGGCUCAAGACGUAUGCCAACUUCCCAGAAGCACCUCCGGAGGAGGCUUCUCUCAGCAAUAGGCUCAAGACGUAUGCCAACUUCCCAGAAGCACCUCAGGAGGAGGCUUCUCUCAGCAAUAGGCUCAAGACGUAUGCCAAAUUCCCAGAAGCACCUCCGGAGGAGGCUUCUCUCAGCAAUAGGCUCAAGACGUAUGCCAAAUUCCCAGAAGCACCUCCGGAGGAGGCUUCUCUCAGCAAUAGGCUCAAGACGUAUGCCAACUUCCCAGAAGCACCUCCGGAGGAGGCUUCUCUCAGCAAUAGGCUCAAGACGUAUGCCAACUUCCCAGAAGCACCUCAGGAGGAGGCUUCUCUCAGCAAUAGGCUCAAGACGUAUGCCAAAUUCCCAGAAGCACCUCCGGAGGAGGCUUCUCUCAGCAAUAGGCUCAAGACGUAUGCCAACUUCCCAGAAGCACCUCAGGAGGAGGCUUCUCUCAGCAAUAGGCUCAAGACGUAUGCCAACUUCCCAGAAGCACCUCCGGAGGAGGCUUCUCUCAGCAAUAGGCUCAAGACGUAUGCCAACUUCCCAGAAGCACCUCAGGAGGAGGCUUCUCUCAGCAAUAGGCUCAAGACGUAUGCCAAAUUCCCAGAAGCACCUCCGGAGGAGGCUUCUCUCAGCAAUAGGCUCAAGACGUAUGCCAACUUCCCAGAAGCACCUCAGGAGGAGGCUUCUCUCAGCAAUAGGCUCAAGACGUAUGCCAAAUUCCCAGAAGCACCUCCGGAGGAGGCUUCUCUCAGCAAUAGGCUCAAGACGUAUGCCAACUUCCCAGAAGCACCUCAGGAGGAGGCUUCUCUCAGCAAUAGGCUCAAGACGUAUGCCAACUUCCCAGAAGCACCUCAGGAGGAGGCUUCUCUCAGCAAUAGGCUCAAGACGUAUGCCAACUUCCCAGAAGCACCUCAGGAGGAGGCUUCUCUCAGCAAUAGGCUCAAGACGUAUGCCAACUUCCCAGAAGCACCUCAGGAGGAGGCUUCUCUCAGCAAUAGGCUCAAGACGUAUGCCAAAUUCCCAGAAGCACCUCAGGAGGAGGCUUCUCUCAGCAAUAGGCUCAAGACGUAUGCCAACUUCCCAGAAGCACCUCAGGAGGAGGCUUCUCUCAGCAAUAGGCUCAAGACGUAUGCCAACUUCCCAGAAGCACCUCAGGAGGAGGCUUCUCUCAGCAAUAGGCUCAAGACGUAUGCCAAAUUCCCAGAAGCACCUCCGGAGGAGGCUUCUCUCAGCAAUAGGCUCAAGACGUAUGCCAAAUUCCCAGAAGCACCUCCGGAGGAGGCUUCUCUCAGCAAUAGGCUCAAGACGUAUGCCAAAUUCCCAGAAGCACCUCCGGAGGAGGCUUCUCUCAGCAAUAGGCUCAAGACGUAUGCCAACUUCCCAGAAGCACCUCAGGAGGAGGCUUCUCUCAGCAAUAGGCUCAAGACGUAUGCCAACUUCCCAGAAGCACCUCAGGAGGAGGCUUCUCUCAGCAAUAGGCUCAAGACGUAUGCCAACUUCCCAGAAGCACCUCAGGAGGAGGCUUCUCUCAGCAAUAGGCUCAAGACGUAUGCCAAAUUCCCAGAAGCACCUCAGGAGGAGGCUUCUCUCAGCAAUAGGCUCAAGACGUAUGCCAAAUUCCCAGAAGCACCUCAGGAGGAGGCUUCUCUCAGCAAUAGGCUCAAGACGUAUGCCAAAUUCCCAGAAGCACCUCCGGAGGAGGCUUCUCUCAGCAAUAGGCUCAAGACGUAUGCCAAAUUCCCAGAAGCACCUCCGGAGGAGGCUUCUCUCAGCAAUAGGCUCAAGACGUAUGCCAACUUCCCAGAAGCACCUCAGGAGGAGGCUUCUCUCAGCAAUAGGCUCAAGACGUAUGCCAACUUCCCAGAAGCACCUCAGGAGGAGGCUUCUCUCAGCAAUAGGCUCAAGACGUAUGCCAACUUCCCAGAAGCACCUCAGGAGGAGGCUUCUCUCAGCAAUAGGUUCAAGACGUAUGCCAAAUUCCCAGAAGCACCUCCGGAGGAGGCUUCUCUCAGCAAUAGGCUCAAGACGUAUGCCAACUUCCCAGAAGCACCUCAGGAGGAGGCUUCUCUCAGCAAUAGGUUCAAGACGUAUGCCAAAUUCCCAGAAGCACCUCCGGAGGAGGCUUCUCUCAGCAAUAGGCUCAAGACGUAUGCCAACUUCCCAGAAGCACCUCCGGAGGAGGCUUCUCUCAGCAAUAGGCUCAAGACGUAUGCCAACUUCCCAGAAGCUCCUCAGGAGGAGGCUUCUCUCAGCAAUAGGCUCAAGACGUAUGCCAAAUUCCCAGAAGCACCUCCAGAGGAGGCUUCUCUCAGCAAUAGGCUCAAGACGUAUGCCAACUUCCCAGAAGCACCUCCGGAGGAGGCUUCUCUCAGCAAUAGGCUCAAGACGUAUGCCAACUUCCCAGAAGCUCCUCAGGAGGAGGCUUCUCUCAGCAAUAGGCUCAAGACGUAUGCCAAAUUCCCAGAAGCACCUCCGGAGGAGGCUUCUCUCAGCAAUAGGCUCAAGACGUAUGCCAAAUACCCAGAAGCACCUCCGGAGGAGGCUUCUCUCAGCAAUAGGCUCAAGACGUAUGCCAACUUCCCAGAAGCACCUCCGGAGGAGGCUUCUCUCAGCAAUAGGCUCAAGACGUAUGCCAACUUCCCAGAAGCACCUCCGGAGGAGGCUUCUCACAUCAAUAGGCUCAAGACGUAUGCCAACUUCCCAGAAGCUCCUCAGGAGGAGGCUUCUCUCAGCAAUAGGCUCAAGACGUAUGCCAAAUUCCCAGAAGCACCUCCGGAGGAGGCUUCUCUCAGCAAUAGGCUCAAGACGUAUGCCAAAUUCCCAGAAGCACCUCCGGAGGAGGCUUCUCUCAGCAAUAGGCUCAAGACGUAUGCCAACUUCCCAGAAGCACCUCCGGAGGAGGCUUCUCUCAGCAAUAGGCUCAAGACGUAUGCCAACUUCCCAGAAGCACCUCCGGAGGAGGCUUCUCACAUCAAUAGGCUCAAGACGUAUGCCAACUUCCCAGAAGCACCUCAGGAGGAGGCUUUUCUCAGCAAUAGGCUCAAGACGUAUGCCAACUUCCCAGAAGCACCUCAGGAGGAGGCUUCUCUCAGCAAUAGGCUCAAGACGUAUGCCAACUUCCCAGAAGCACCUCCGGAGGAGGCUUCUCACAUCAAUAGGCUCAAGACGUAUGCCAACUUCCCAGAAGCACCUCAGGAGGAGGCUUUUCUCAGCAAUAGGCUCAAGACGUAUGCCAAAUUCCCAGAAGCACCUCCGGAGGAGGCUUCUCUCAGCAAUAGGCUCAAGACGUAUGCCAAAUUCCCAGAAGCACCUCCGGAGGAGGCUUCUCUCAGCAAUAGGCUCAAGACGUAUGCCAAAUUCCCAGAAGCACCUCCGGAGGAGGCUUCUCUCAGCAAUAGGCUCAAGACGUAUGCCAACUUCCCAGAAGCACCUCAGGAGGAGGCUUCUCUCCGCAAUAGGCUCAAGACGUAUGCCAACUUCCCAGAAGCACCUCAGGAGGAGGCUUCUCUCAGCAAUAGGCUCAAGACGUAUGCCAACUUCCCAGAAGCACCUCAGGAGGAGGCUUCUCUCCGCAAUAGGCUCAAGACGUAUGCCAACUUCCCAGAAGCACCUCAGGAGGAGGCUUCUCUCAGCAAUAGGCUCAAGACGUAUGCCAACUUCCCAGAAGCACCUCCGGAGGAGGCUUCUCUCAGCAAUAGGCUCAGGACGUAUGCCAACUUCCCAGAAGCACCUCAGGAGGAGGCUUCUCUCCGCAAUAGGCUCAAGACGUAUGCCAACUUCCCAGAAGCACCUCAGGAGGAGGCUUCUCUCAGCAAUAGGCUCAAGACGUAUGCCAAAUUCCCAGAAGCACCUCCGGAGGAGGCUUCUCUCAGCAAUAGGCUCAAGACGUAUGCCAACUUCCCAGAAGCACCUCAGGAGGAGGCUUCUCUCCGCAAUAGGCUCAAGACGUAUGCCAAAUUCCCAGAAGCACCUCCGGAGGAGGCUUCUCUCAGCAAUAGGCUCAAGACGUAUGCCAAAUUCCCAGAAGCACCUCCGGAGGAGGCUUCUCUCAGCAAUAGGCUCAAGACGUAUGCCAAAUUCCCAGAAGCACCUCCGGAGGAGGCUUCUCUCAGCAAUAGGCUCAAGACGUAUGCCAAAUUCCCAGAAGCACCUCCGGAGGAGGCUUCUCUCAGCAAUAGGCUCAAGACGUAUGCCAACUUCCCAGAAGCACCUCAGGAGGAGGCUUCUCUCCGCAAUAGGCUCAAGACGUAUGCCAACUUCCCAGAAGCACCUCAGGAGGAGGCUUCUCUCAGCAAUAGGCUCAAGACGUAUGCCAACUUCCCAGAAGCACCUCCGGAGGAGGCUUCUCUCAGCAAUAGGCUCAAGACGUAUGCCAACUUCCCAGAAGCACCUCAGGAGGAGGCUUCUCUCCGCAAUAGGCUCAAGACGUAUGCCAAAUUCCCAGAAGCACCUCAGGAGGAGGCUUCUCUCAGCAAUAGGCUCAAGACGUAUGCCAAAUUCCCAGAAGCACCUCCGGAGGAGGCUUCUCUCAGCAAUAGGCUCAAGACGUAUGCCAACUUCCCAGAAGCACCUCAGGAGGAGGCUUCUCUCCGCAAUAGGCUCAAGACGUAUGCCAAAUUCCCAGAAGCACCUCCGGAGGAGGCUUCUCUCAGCAAUAGGCUCAAGACGUAUGCCAAAUUCCCAGAAGCACCUCCGGAGGAGGCUUCUCUCAGCAAUAGGCUCAAGACGUAUGCCAACUUCCCAGAAGCACCUCAGAAGGAGGCUUCUCUCAUCAAUAGGCUCAAGACGUAUGCCAACUUCCCAGAAGCACCUCAGGAGGAGGCUUCUCUCAGCAAUAGGCUCAAGACGUAUGCCAAAUUCCCAGAAGCACCUCCGGAGGAGGCUUCUCUCAGCAAUAGGCUCAAGACGUAUGCCAACUUCCCAGAAGCACCUCAGGAGGAGGCUUCUCUCAGCAAUAGGCUCAAGACGUAUGCCAACUUCCCAGAAGCACCUCAGGAGGAGGCUUCUCUCAGCAAUAGGCUCAAGACGUAUGCCAACUUCCCAGAAGCACCUCCGGAGGAGGCUUCUCUCAGCAAUAGGCUCAAGACGUAUGCCAACUUCCCAGAAGCACCUCAGGAGGAGGCUUCUCUCAGCAAUAGGCUCAAGACGUAUGCCAACUUCCCAGAAGCACCUCAGGAGGAGGCUUCUCUCAGCAAUAGGCUCAAGACGUAUGCCAACUUCCCAGAAGCACCUCAGGAGGAGGCUUCUCUCAGCAAUAGGCUCAAGACGUAUGCCAACUUCCCAGAAGCACCUCAGGAGGAGGCUUCUCUCCGCAAUAGGCUCAAGACGUAUGCCAAAUUCCCAGAAGCACCUCCGGAGGAGGCUUCUCUCAGCAAUAGGCUCAAGACGUAUGCCAACUUCCCAGAAGCACCUCAGGAGGAGGCUUCUCUCCGCAAUAGGCUCAAGACGUAUGCCAAAUUCCCAGAAGCACCUCAGGAGGAGGCUUCUCUCAGCAAUAGGCUCAAGACGUAUGCCAAAUUCCCAGAAGCACCUCCGGAGGAGGCUUUUCUCAGCAAUAGGCUCAAGACGUAUGCCAACUUCCCAGAAGCACCUCCGGAGGAGGCUUCUCUCAGCAAUAGGCUCAAGACGUAUGCCAACUUCCCAGAAGCACCUCAGGAGGAGGCUUCUCUCCGCAAUAGGCUCAAGACGUAUGCCAAAUUCCCAGAAGCACCUCCGGAGGAGGCUUUUCUCAGCAAUAGGCUCAAGACGUAUGCCAACUUCCCAGAAGCACCUCCGGAGGAGGCUUCUCUCAGCAAUAGGCUCAAGACGUAUGCCAAAUUCCCAGAAGCACCUCCGGAGGAGGCUUCUCUCAGCAAUAGGCUCAAGACGUAUGCCAACUUCCCAGAAGCACCUCAGAAGGAGGCUUCUCUCAUCAAUAGGCUCAAGACGUAUGCCAACUUCCCAGAAGCACCUCAGGAGGAGGCUUCUCUCAGCAAUAGGCUCAAGACGUAUGCCAAAUUCCCAAAAGCACCUCCGGAGGAGGCAUCUCUCAGCAAUAGGCUCAAGACGUAUGCCAACUUCCCAGAAGCACCUCAGGAGGAGGCUUCUCUCAGCAAUAGGCUCAAGACGUAUGCCAACUUCCCAGAAGCACCUCCGGAGGAGGCUUCUCUCAGCAAUAGGCUCAAGACGUAUGCCAACUUCCCAGAAGCACCUCCGGAGGAGGCUUCUCUCAGCAAUAGGCUCAAGACGUAUGCCAACUUCCCAGAAGCACCUCAGGAGGAGGCUUCUCUCAGCAAUAGGCUCAAGACGUAUGCCAAAUUCCCAAAAGCACCUCCGGAGGAGGCAUCUCUCAGCAAUAGGCUCAAGACGUAUGCCAACUUCCCAGAAGCACCUCAGGAGGAGGCUUCUCUCAGCAAUAGGCUCAAGACGUAUGCCAACCUCCCAGAAGCACCUCCGGAGGAGGCUUCUCUCAGCAAUAGGCUCAAGACGUAUGCCAACCUCCCAGAAGCACCUCCGGAGGAGGCUUCUCUCAGCAAUAGGCUCAAGACGUAUGCCAACUUCCCAGAAGCACCUCCGGAGGAGGCUUCUCUCAGCAAUAGGCUCAAGACGUAUGCCAACUUCCCAGAAGCACCUCCGGAGGAGGCUUCUCUCAGCAAUAGGCUCAAGACGUAUGCCAACUUCCCAGAAGCACCUCCGGAGGAGGCUUCUCUCAGCAAUAGGCUCAAGACGUAUGCCAACUUCCCAGAAGCACCUCCGGAGGAGGCUUCUCUCAGCAAUAGGCUCAAGACGUAUGCCAACUUCCCAGAAGCACCUCCGGAGGAGGCUUCUCUCAGCAAUAGGCUCAAGACGUAUGCCAACUUCCCAGAAGCACCUCAGGAGGAGGCUUCUCUCAGCAAUAGGCUCAAGACGUAUGCCAACUUCCCAGAAGCACCUCCGGAGGAGGCUUCUCUCAGCAAUAGGCUCAAGACGUAUGCCAACUUCCCAGAAGCACCUCCGGAGGAGGCUUCUCUCAGCAAUAGGCUCAAGACGUAUGCCAACUUCCCAGAAGCACCUCAGGAGGAGGCUUCUCUCAGCAAUAGGCUCAAGACGUAUGCCAAAUUCCCAAAAGCACCUCCGGAGGAGGCAUCUCUCAGCAAUAGGCUCAAGACGUAUGCCAACUUCCCAGAAGCACCUCAGGAGGAGGCUUCUCUCAGCAAUAGGCUCAAGACGUAUGCCAACUUCCCAGAAGCACCUCCGGAGGAGGCUUCUCUCAGCAAUAGGCUCAAGACGUAUGCCAACUUCCCAGAAGCACCUCAGGAGGAGGCUUCUCUCAGCAAUAGGCUCAAGACGUAUGCCAAAUUCCCAAAAGCACCUCCGGAGGAGGCAUCUCUCAGCAAUAGGCUCAAGACGUAUGCCAACUUCCCAGAAGCACCUCAGGAGGAGGCUUCUCUCAGCAAUAGGCUCAAGACGUAUGCCAACUUCCCAGAAGCACCUCCGGAGGAGGCUUCUCUCAGCAAUAGGCUCAAGACGUAUGCCAACUUCCCAGAAGCACCUCCGGAGGAGGCUUCUCUCAGCAAUAGGCUCAAGACGUAUGCCAACUUCCCAGAAGCACCUCCGGAGGAGGCUUCUCUCAGCAAUAGGCUCAAGACGUAUGCCAACUUCCCAGAAGCACCUCCGGAGGAGGCUUCUUUCAGCAAUAG